AUGCUGGAUCAUGCGUAUCCAAAUCUGGUGAAAGACGAACAAAAUGAUCUAUUGGUGUUGAAUCACAUGGAUAACGAGACAUUGAUCAGAUUAUCCAAGUAUCACAAGAAUUUGACUGAACCUAAGACGAAGACAGAGUUUUUCGGAUUCAUCAAGAGUGCUAACUAUGAGGAUCCAGAUCCUGUAAAGCAUUUGAAGUGGAGAAAUGACGCAGAGAUGAAAGAGAAAAGUGCAGCUGAUGAAUUGACGAAGUUAGCAGAUUUUUGUAAAACACGUAAUGAGUGGUUUACAAAAGAAGAAAGGAAGAAAAGAUGUGGAAAGAGAACUCCUAAAGUUCAAGCUGAAGAAGGUUCGUCUUCUCAACCGCAAAAGAAACGUAAGAAGAAAGCUGUUGAGAUAAUGAUGGUUGAUGAACCAGAGGAAGAUGAGACAGAAGCUGAUGUUGAAGAAAAUCAAGAUCGUUUAUCUCCUGAAACUGAACGUUUGAUGAAAUAUGUUGAUGAUACUUUUGAAGCUGGGAAAUCGGCUAGUAAGGUGGCAGUUGAUGAUGAAGAAAAGAGUUUAUCUGGUUCUGAUGAUGAGAUUGAUAUUGAAGUUGAUAAAUGGAUCAGAGUAAACUUCGAUCCAAGAGAUAGAUUGAUAAAAAAGAAAAGAAAGAGAAGUACGGAUGACGAUGAUGAAACGUAUGUUCCAACACCAGAACAUGUCCAGGUUGAAAAAACACCACCUUCUGGAGGAAGAAAGAAAUCUACGUCAAGAAAAUGUGUAGUAUCUCCUGCAGUGCGAAAAUUAAAAAUCACGCUGAAAUCAAAACCUAUCCAAGAAUCACAGUCUAAACCACCUUCUCCAUCACCACAACAAUCUUCACCACCACAACAACCAUCACCACCACAUCAACCCUCACCACAACAACCAUCACCACCACAUCAACCAUCACCACAACAUUUACAUUCACCACAAUUAUCACCACAACAUCAUAUUUCUACACCGAUUCAUGAACAACCAUUUAUAACUUCACCACACAUCCUACAAACACCACCAACCACACAACCACCAGUUCAAACGACUCCUGGAUCGUCUGGUUUUAAAGAUUUUCCACCUAUUCCAGAGCAGAUAACUCUUGAAAAGCUUGAUGAUUUUAGUUUCGUGAACGAUGAUCUUGUGAAAAAGCUGCAAAAGAAGGUGGAUGAGGUGUUAGUUGAAAAAAGAAGUUAG